CAGAAAGACGCCAUCUAACGUCUGGCAUUCCUGGAUUUUUCGUUUCUGUCUGUUGUGUCGCCGAGGCAUUUUGUCGUUCCAAUUUUUAGUGUUAUUUCAGUAAUUUAAAUAAAAUUUUCAUAUUAAAAUCGCAAUGUAUCAAUUGUAUUGUGUUGAAUGGUGGUAGGAAAAUAGGUGUUUUUAAUGUGCAAGCAAUGUUUUUGAGAAGAUGAGUUAACCGUGGUGUGCGUGGAAAAGCAGCGGUCAACCUCCGAGCCAAGAUCAUUGGCGAGAAAAGUGCAUCGUAUCAAAAAAAAAAAAAAAAAAGCAAAAAUCUAUCUUUAUCUAGCUAAAUAGAGGGUUUUAAAAUAAAUUAAAGAGAGAAAAAAAAGAAGAAAAAAGGGGGGGCAUGAGUGCACCUGCGAUAAAAUCAUCAAUGCCUGGAGUAGGUGCAUCCCCAUCGUCGGCAGGCCAUUCAGUGUUGCCAAUGAAUAUAAUGGCACAAAAAGUCGUGCCAGGAACCGAAUCCAAUAGUGGAAUGAAACCAUUAAAUACUAGUGGUUUAAGUUAUGUUACACUACAACCACCAAAUCAUCCACAACAACCAUUGAGUCUUGUGCAAGAUCAUAGGCCACCUGUUUAUCAAGCACAACAACCAACAACAACUUAUUCAACAAACACAAUUAAUAAUGCAGAAAAAGAAAUUGAUACCGAUAAUAAUAAAAUAAUUCCAAAUGGUGUUGAUCAAAUGAAAUCAUCAGAAAUUGAACAAGAACAAAAUUGUCCAAUUAAAACAAAUGAACCUAGCCGAAAUAAUAAUAUGAGCCCUGAAACACCUAGUCAGGAACAACAAAAUCAAGAUAAUAAAAAACAAAUUGAAUCACAAUCCGAACCAGAAAUUGGAAAAUCAGAAAUAACACCAGUUGUUGGCGCAUCAGCACAAAGUAAACCGGAGGAGAAAAAAUCAUCGAUUAAUAAUGGAUCGAAAGAAACGGAAACAACAACGGGAUUGGCAACGUCAAGCACAAUUCCAGGAUCAUCGCCAAGUAAAACGAUGGGAACGAUGCAAAAAUCAGAGGAAUCACCAGUGAAAAAUGAGGGGCAAAAACCAAAAGUUCCAUCAUCGCCAAUUGGAAAACCAAUUGAAAGUAGUACUGUGACGACAUCACCAAAAUUGGAAACAAAAGUUGCAAGUACGGCGAGGGCUACAAUAAAUAAACGAAAACCCAAAGAGAAUAAGGAUUUGAAGGGAGGUACAACUGGUGGUACUGCUGCUGCUGGUGGUGGUGGUGGUCCAAAACCGAAGAGAAAUCGUAUUAAAACACAACCCUAUCAGAGUCCAUUGCCCGAGAUUGCGAUGAUUGUGAAAACAUUGAAUAAACCAGUCUCAACCAAAGCGCCGGACGAUAAGCUCAUCGUUUUCUACAAAAACGAAUUUCUCGCAGUUAGAAACACGGAAGGUAGCUUCUUCGUUUGUCAGGCAAUGCAAAAUAUUUACAAGAGCAGUAAACGCAUUCGUAUUCGCUGGCUCUCUCAAGAUAAAAAUAAUGGAGAAAUUUAUUCUCCCGAUUUUUACGAUCACACAGAUUUCGACUGUAUAUUGACGAAUUUGAAUCUCAAUAAAGUCGAGAAAAAUAAAUAUCAACUCACUAAACUUGAAUUGCUACGAACUGAGAAUAUUUUAAAGAGGGCGAUUGACGUCGAAGCAGGCGUUUCGGAGAAACCUCGCGUUACCGAGGAACAUCCCGAUGGACUUGAUCUCUCGCUUUUCAAAGACGAGUCACAAUUGAAGAAAAGAAAAAGCGGCGGCGGCGGUGGCGGAAGUGGCGGCUCAAAACAAAAACGUCAACGUAAGAAAGCAAAACGUGAAUCAAGCGACUCGGAAGAUGAUGACUCCGAGGAAGAUUCAGAUGAAGAUGAAAACGACGAUGAUGAGGAUGAGGAUGUUGAUGAUGAUAAUAAUGAAAAAUCAAAUGAACCAAAAGCAACAAAUUCUGCUAAAAAACGUACAAAUAAUAAAGCAUUGGCCAUUGCAAAAUCAAUGGCAAAGGGACCCAGUAGAAAAGAAAGGGCAAUGAAUAGAAGUAAUAAAAUUGCCGCCGAAGAAGCAAGUUCAACAUCAGCUGGCAAAUCGGAUAAUAAAAAGGCAGAUGUGAAAAAAGACGAUCCAAAAAAAGCAAUUAAUCCACAGAGCAGCAACAAUUCAAGCGGUGUCCCACGGACAAAGGCCCGCGGAGGUGCCAUGCAAAAAGUGCAGGAAAGCAAAAGUACCACGAGCCGCCCUAAACGAGUAUUGGCCGCGACAACGGGUGUUCAACAAAACACGGAAGAAGCAUCUUCGCGCAAGAAAUCACGUGGCCGAGCAUAAGACGAUACUUUACCUAUUCUCUUGCGUUUUACAUACAACAGCGUCUGCAUCGUAGGAAAUAUGUACACGUGGUAUGUAAAUUAAAAACAAAAACAAAAAAAGAAACAAAACGAGAAACAGAAUCGCGAAAAAGUAACAAAAAAAAAAUACAAUUUUUAAAUGCAGAUUAAUUCUGCAAAAGAGCAGAAAUUUUUUUUUUUUUUUUAAGUCAUAUUUGGAAAAAAUUCUCGCGGGGAAAUAUUAAAAUGAGACAAUUCUUGAAAUUUUAUGAGUGAAUUUCCAUUUUAUUGAAAUGUUUGAAAUUCUAUUUGAUCGAAUUUUAAAUUUAUAGUGAAUCAAAUUUUUAUAUUGAAAAAAAAAAUGAUUAAUUAACUAAAUUUUCAAAUCUAUGUUUAUUUAACCAAAUUAGUAUUUAAAUUUUCAAAUUGAGAUAAAUUUAACAAAAUUCGUAUUUCAUGAAAUUUAGCCGAAUUUUAUAAAGUGAAAUUUAUAUUAAACCGAAUUUAAAUAUCGGAGAAUUUAAAUUUAUCUGAAUUCAAAUUUUACCGAAUUUAAAUUCUGUAUUUAAUUGAAUUCGUAUUUAACAUAACUUCUUUUUGAAUUCCAAAGCCGAGAAAUUUGAGUUUAACCGAAUUUUUAUAUUGAAAAAUGUUUAUUUAUAACUAAAUUUUCAAACAUAUGUUUAUUUAAUCGAAUUAGUAUUUAAUAAGAUUUAGCCGAAAUUUAUAAAGUAAAAUUUAUAUUAAACCGAAAUUAAAUAUCGAGGAAUUUGAAUUUUAACCGAAUUUAAAUUCAAUAUUUAAUUGAAUUCGUAUUAAAAAAAAUUUCUAUUAAAAUUUUUAAAGCCGAGAAAUUAAGUUAAUCGAAUUUUUCUAUUGAAAAAUGUUUAUUUAACCGAAUUAGUAUGUAUUUAAAUUUUCAAAAAACUGAGAUUUAUUUAACAAAAAUUAGUAUUUAAUAGAAUUUAGCCGAAUUUUAUAAAGUAAAAUUUAUAUUAAACCGAAUUUAAAUAUCGGAAAAUUCGAAUUUAACCAAAUUUGUAUUUUACCGAAUUUUACAAUCUGUAUUAAAUUGAAUUCGAAUUUAACAGAAUUUCUAUUCGUAUUUUAAAAUCGAGAAAUUCGAAUUCCAAAUUCGUUUGAAUUUUUACACUAAAGUGUAUUUAGUCAAAUUUGCAUUUGAUGGAAUUUAAUUUUAUUUUCAUAAAUUUAUAUUUUUUUUUUCAAAAAAAAAAAUUAUUUGAUUCUGUAAAUUAGAAAAACUAUUUUAAAAUGGAAAAAAUUAUUUACUUUAAAAAAAUGUUUAUUUUGUGAAAAUUCGGUUUAAUUAUUAUUAAUAUUAAUCUUCGGCUGAAUAGAAAUUCGAUCUUCAAUUUAAUGGAAAUUUUGAUCUCGAGAUUCAGGAAAUAAUAAUAAUAAUGCUUGUUAAAAUCUUUUUUAAAUACAAAAUCUUGGCUAUGGAAUCUUUAUCAGUAAAAAAAAUAUUAAAGAUUAAUUAAUAUAAUUAUUAAUAUAAAGAUUAAUAUAAAUAUUAAUAUUAGGCUAAAAAAAAUUUUUUUCUCUUUUAUUUAAAUCUUUUGACAAUUUAAUAUUUCGAGAGAGAGAGAAAAAUACGAAUUUAAUGAUAAUAAAAUACUACUGUUAUGUACAUAUCGACUACGGCUCAGACUUUUUAAAGAUGUGUCUAAAAAGAGCUAAAAAAAAAAAAUGAUUUUAGAAGGAGAAUAAGAGAACAAACACCGAAAUAGAAAAAAAAAAGACGAUCAACAGGGUGUAUCGUGUACUAUAAAAUGCACUCUUGUAAUAAGUCUAUUUUUUGAUGUUGUAAGUGAAAAUCGUACACACGUGAUUCGAUUGGUCUUACAUUUCCCAUUGAUUUAUUGAUAACUAUGUACAAAAUAUAUAUGUCUUGGGGUUUAUAAGUGUUCUGUGAAACAGAGAUAUUAAUGAAAAAAAAAAAAAAAAAAUUAAUAAUUAAUAAUAAUCGAGAAACAAGGAUCGUUUUGAAAAAUAAAAAAGGAUCGUUGGAAAAUCGAGCAAUAUUUGUAAAAUCAACAAUUUCGUCGAGCCUUCGAUCUGCAGUUUCAAUUUUAAAUGAAAUUUUCCAAACAAAAAAAAUUUCAUUAAGAAUUACGCAAUUUUUUUUCCCUUUAUUAUAAUUUUUUUUUUUUUCUCGAAAAGAGAAAAAGUAAAAUCUGCAGAUCUAAGGUGAAAUCGAUUACAGAUUUAGGGACAGUUUGUUAUCUAAACUGCUAAUUAUAUAUAUAUAUUUGCACCACAAUUGAAGAUACCUUUAAUGAAUUUUUUUUUUUAUUUUUUUUUUUUUUUUGUAAGGUAUCGGGAAUCAACUAGAGGUGGUGCCCGCAUAUUGAUUUUUAGCCACAUAUUAUAUAUACAUAUAUAUAUAUAUAUAUAUAUAUUUAGGAAAGAUUCUUACUUUAUAACAAGCUUAAUUUCAAGUGUAUAAAAAACAUAUUUUAUCUUUUUAUUAAUUUUACUGAAUUUUUUUUUAAGUUUUUUUUUUUGCCUCCUUCUUUUUGAGAACAUUUAUUCAUAGAGUGUAUAUGUAUAUUUACGAGACAUUUAGCAAAUUGACGUUUGGAUGGGAAAAUUAUUUUUUAUUUUCUUUUAUUUUUUUUUAAUCUAUUCAAAAAUUUGCUAAAUGUAGUCAUUGAUAUAAGUUAUUUCAGAAUCUAUUCAUAUCAGGCCAUUUGUGAAGUAAUUUUUUUUUUUGAGGUUUUUAUUUACAAAUUAAAAUACACUUUUUUCGAAUUAGAAAUUUUCAUUCCUUCUGGUUUUUUUCCCUUUUUUUUUUUUGAAAGAUUUUUGAAAUCUUGCAUUUUUUAAAUACAAUUUUUUUUUUGAUUUCGCGUCAAGAAAAUAUGAAAUGUUAUUUCGAGAGUAUUUGAAUUAAUUUAAGUUUUGUAAAGAUAAGAUUGGAUAUAAAAAUGCGAAAUAUGUUUUUUUUUCGCCUCCCCAUCACCCUGAUUUUCUUUAGAGAUUGAAAGAGAUAAAAAAAAAAGAGUGAAAGAAGAGAAAAUGAGAGAGAGAGAAAAUGUUUCCAAUUGUAAAGAAUCGCGGUCUUCAAUGAAAAAGAAAAAUGCUAUAAUGAAAUAUACUUCGAAAAUUACAAAAAAAAAAAAAAAAGAUUUCUCGAUAUUAAAAAUAUUAAUUUAUACGAAGUAUGAGUUUGCUUCAUGGGAAAGUCUAUUACGAGUUUGUAGUUAAAAUUUAGAAGGAAAAGAAAAAAAAAAGAAAAAACAAUUCUAAGUACAAGAUUGUUAUAUCGACGACUAAAAAAAAAUCAUUCGCUCUUUGCACUCCCCCCUCCCCUGCCCCAACACCAAAAAAAAAAAAAAAAAAAAUAUUAACAACUAUAAUAAAAUGAAAAUGGAGCAAAAAAAAAAUUGUUAGAAAUUUUGCUCCAAAAAAAAAAAAAAGUUUUGUGUAAAUGUAUGUAAUAUGCUUUGCAUAUAUUAUAUACAUAGUCUUUUUAAUUAAUUACACACAUACACACAUACACGAAUUUUUUCGGUUUAUAUAAGCAAUGUAAUUCAAGGCGAUAAGUAUAAAUAUAAACAAAUCAAUUUUUUAUUACAUGAUUGAAAUAAAAAUAAUUUAAAAAAAAAAAAAUAAAGAAAAGAAAUACACAUGUCGGAAAAGUCUUACCGUUUGCACAAUUUUAGACAUUAAUCAGAGUGCCCUUAGAGAAAACCCAGUGGAUCUUCUCGUUUACUGGAAAAUAAAUAAAAUAUAAUUAUCUGAUUAAAUCAAACAAAAAAAUUGAUCUUUUUAUUUGUCUUCGACAAAAUCCAUUUGGAACUAUUUUUUUUUUAGUAUUUUAUUUUAUUUCCAGUUUAUUAUUUAUAAAAUUAGUUUAACUACUAAUUUCAUUAAUAUUUUCUAUUAUAAAUAAUUAAAAAUUAAUAAUAAAAAUUUUUUUUGUUAAUUUCAAAUUUUUUUUUUUACAAAAAAAGUGACGAGUAAUAAAAAAAAAAAUUUGUUUUUAUUUAACUUAGAGUUUUGAAUUAAAUAAUAAUAUAAUAAUAAUAAUUAAAUGAUCUUUGUUACUGAACUUUUUUAUUAUUGGCAAAGGAGAAGGAUUGUGGAAGUAUUUGAAUAAAUCAAAUUUGAAAUUGCG